AUGGCAACCAAUGGCCACUUUGCCUCAAUUGGCAGCAACAGCAGCGAUAAGAUGACAUAUGAGCACGGCGUCCAGGUAAUAGACGAGAACAAGGAAUUCAAUUCGAACUUGUCGAAAUACCUGAGCUUCGAAAAUGUCACACCUUCAGGAUUUGACUACCAUCUCAUCUCUGUCUUCGGCUCCCAAUCCACCGGAAAGUCGACCCUCCUAAACCACCUGUUCGGCACCCAUUUCUCCGUCAUGUCCGAAGCUGAAAGACGUCAGACCACGAAAGGUAUCUGGCUGUCCAAGAAUAAGAAUGGCGAUGGCCAAUCAAUGGCCGACAAUAUCUUGGUAAUGGAUGUUGAGGGUACAGAUGGCCGAGAGAGAGGAGAGGAUCAGGACUUUGAGCGCAAGAGUGCUCUCUUUGCGCUCGCAACAAGUGAGGUUCUGAUUGUGAAUAUCUGGGAACACCAGGUUGGCUUGUACCAGGGUGCCAACAUGGGUUUGCUAAAAACUGUCUUUGAGGUCAACUCGCAGUUGUUCUUAAAGGAUAAGAGUACUACCCACCGAUCUCUUCUCUUCUUCGUGAUCCGUGAUUUCAUUGGCACAACUCCCCUCCAAGCCCUGCAGAAAACAUUGAUGGAAGACAUGUCCCGGCUGUGGGACUCGAUCUCUAAACCUGCUGGUUUGGAACGGUCGACUGUGCAUGAUUACUUCGACUUCCAGUUUUACGGACUGCCACACAAGAGCUAUCAACCGGAGAAGUUCGUAGAAGAGACAAAGAACCUCAGCCUACGUUUCCGCGAAGCGCAGAGAAACCCUAAACUCGAUCCACUUAACGGCGAGUUCUCGGAAGGGGGCGUUUUCCUCCCAGAGUACCAUCGACGUAUCCCCGCGGAUGGAUUCUCCGUGUAUGCGGAAGGCAUCUGGGACCAGAUUGUCAACAACAAAGACCUGGAUUUGCCAACCCAGCAGGAACUGCUUGCACAAUUCCGCUGCGAUGAGAUUCUGAGGGAAGUGAUGAUCGGUUUUGACGAAACUAUUACUCCAUUUGAAGAUAAACAAUCUCAAGCUUCCCGCCUCGGAGAACCCGAGGUCCUCGGGGGAUUGGGAGCGGCGAUGCGAUCGGCGCGUAUCAAGGCGACGAAAAAUUUCGAGGUCGAGGCCAGCCGUUACCACAAGGGUGUCUAUCAGCGGAAGCGUGGGGAGCUCGAAAACAAAAUUGAUACUCGUUUGAAGGCUCUUUUCCAGGGCCAGCUGAACGCAUCACACAAGUCUGGUAUUACUGAAUUCAGCGAGGCGGUUACGAGUGCCGUAAAAGCUGGCCAGAAAAAGGGCACGGGUUACGAUUUUGCCGAAAUUGUCAACGAUGAGGUGAAGAAGGCCGUGGAGAAGUUUGAAGAAGUUGCCCGUACUACUGUGGUAGAGGGGACUGGCUGGAGCGACUAUCAGCAAGAGUUGGCAUUGUACGAGAAAGAGCUGGCAGAAGUCAGCGGUAGGCUAAGAAGGGAUGAAAUGAGGCGCCUAGCCACCCGGGUUGAGCGAUGGGUUCAAUCGCGCCUGGGUGAAUCUGUUGGCCUGGAGUUUAACGCCCUUGGAUCUGGGCGCGCCGGUGGUGUUGCACCAGAAUCGGGCGAGAAGCCAUCUGAAAAGAAAUUCUGGGAUCGUGUGUGGAAUGUCUUUGUAGAGACAGUCCUUGAUGCUGAGAGGAGAUUCACGGAUCGUGCCAGUAGCUUCGAUGCCAGUCUGGAGGAAGUGGAUGUUGGUCUCUGGCGGCUGCGAAGGAAGUCUUGGGGUGUCUUGCGCGCUAAGAUUGAGGAAGAAAUGAUGGAGGGUAACCUGCUACUCAAGUUACGUGAAAACUUCGAAGACAAGUUCCGCUACGAUGAUGCUGGUGUCCCAAGGAUCUGGCGACCAACUGAUGACAUUGAGGGGAUCUAUACACGCGCUCGCGAGUCAACCUUGACUGUGAUUCCCCUGCUGUCCAAGUUUCGACUUGCCGAAACCUCUGCUCCACCACCGUUGGACCGAUGGGUAGGGCACACGCCUAGCUCCGCUACCCCGGCUGAUGAAGAAGACCUGCCACCCAUCGGAGGCGUGGACGAAGAAGAAGGCAAGAGCCUGGAAGAAGAAAUGACUAUCAUUGGCGAUGCAAAGCGCCAGGAGCUCACAGUACGAUUCAAGAAGGCAGCGGAUGGCGUUUAUGUCGAAGCCAAACGGAGUGCUAUCGGAGGCAUGACCCAGGUUCCGCUCUACUUUUACGGUAUCCUCCUUGCUCUGGGGUGGAACGAAAUCCUUGCCGUUCUUCGCAACCCCGCCUACUUCUUCUUGCUCUUUGUGUGCGCUGUUGCAGCGUAUGUGACGUAUCAGCUUAACCUUUGGGGACCAAUUCUGAAGAUGUCCGAGGCAGCUUCAAAUCAGGCACUGAUCGAAGGCAAGCGCCGUCUGCGCGAGUUUCUCGAGUCAUCGGAUACUGGACGACAGGCAAUUGCCAUGUCCACCUCUGGCUCCAGGGGAUUGGGGGAGCAGCAUGAGAUGUCCCGCCUCACGAAAGAGGGCAAAGCUGCGGCGGAUGACGAAGACUUGGAUGACCUUUGA